AUGGGAGACGUCUUAUUCCUGAGGCGGAAGCGUGGAGAGUCGAUUCCCAAGUACACGAGACACACUCUCGAGCUGGUCGAGUCCUGCAAGGGCAUUUCUGUCAGGAAGAUCGACAAGCAGGAUCGUGGCGGGAAUCCAGUCUCGGACUACGAUACGGACGCAAUUGAGAUUGGAGACGAUUCAUGGUGCGAGAUCUUCAAGUACGAGGUCCGAGGAAGACCGAUGUAUCAGAACCAGCCGAAUCAGCUGUACUAUCGGGGCUAUAAGAACCAGAAUCAGCAAGGCUACGAGAACCAGAAUCAAGACCAAGUGGCGGUAACGUUUCCACGGCGACCACAUCGCAGCUCUGAGUAUCCCAUGAGUAACAUGAGACAAAUCCCGACUCUCGAGAGUACCGAAGUGGAACCUCAGAAAAUCCGGUAUUUGCACAGGCAUCCCACCUCACUCACAAUGCUACUAUCCGAGAGGCGAUUCCUGUACUAUAUCAAUACGUAUUACGCCCUCGAGUGCUAUUACUACUGCGACACAUGCGAGGAAGUCAACGUGAGCCAGGAAGACUUUUACGAUCUCGGGAAUCCGGAAAAGGCCCCCGUCGCUAGAAGGCGGAUGCAGUCAGAUUAG